AUGACGGCCAGGUUGCGCGCCAAGGGCUCACUGGGGCCUUUGUUGGCUACUGGGGCUGCAUCCGCUCAGGCCAGAAGGGCGGGGCGCGCGGCCGGCGGCGGCGGCGGCGGCGGAGGCGGCUCCAGCAGCGUCGCCGGCGGCCGCGGCAGAAGCGCCCUGGCCCGCGGCAGGAAGAAGAAGAAGAAGAAGAAGAAGAAGAAGAAGAAGAAGAAGAAGAAGAAGAAGAAGAAGAAGAAGAAGAAGAAGAAGAAGAAGAAGAAGAAGAAGCAGCAGCCCUCAGCCUAUGAAGACCGCGAAGACAAUCCGGACUCGCAGUACCCGCCACCGCUGUCUUGCUGGUUGCCUGACCCCCUCUGCCCGGCUUCUGGAAUGAACCUUGCUCAUCAGUUGCUGUGUUCGGACUAGAGCCAGGCAUUCUGGAUUCUGU